AUGGAAACAAGAUCUGCAAAGCGAAAGAAGUUUUGGUUUGAAGGCGAUAAUGGGAUUGACAGGAUCAGUGAUCUCCCUGAUGUUGUUCUCCAUCAGAUUCUUUUCUUUCUUCCUAUCAAAACCAUAGCACAAACCAGUGUCUUAUCAAAAAGAUGGAGAUCAUUAUGGUCUUCUUUCCCUGACCUUGACUUCACGUCCAUUGACCCAACUGGAGUUUCUUCAACAAAUAUCAAGCCAAGUAAUGAGAAAAGAUCAUCGUUGCAUUCUUUGUCUGCUAAACGAAUGGACUUCAUUAGCCAGGUAUUAGCUCUCCGCGACAAGCAUUCCGAUCUAAGGAUCCUUCGUUUCCGUGCUCCUUUGAGUUUUUCACGUUUAAAUGGCUUGAUCCGUCGUGCCAUAAGGCAAAAUGUGCAGGAAUUAGACGUUGAGGUGGCUACGGAUGAUUAUUUUAAUUUUCCCCGAAGUGUUAUUACAAGUGAAUCAUUGCGGGUUUUCAAGUUGAGAUCUCGUUAUCCUGGUUUCAGGUUACCUCCUCCACCGAUUAUGAAAGGUGGUUUCCGCUCACUCCAAACCUUAUCUCUCUCCCUUGUCAUUUUAUACAGCCAGCCCUCGCUUUCGGAUUUGUUUACGGAUUCGUCAUUCCCUCGCCUCAAGAAAUUGAAUCUCGAUGCUUGUUUUGGGUUGAAACAUCUUAAGGUUAGUUGCUUGCUGCUCGAAGAUUUGACCCUGGAAAAUUGUUUCCAGUUACAUGCCUUGGAUGUUUCCGGAGCCAAAUUAAAGAGAUUGCGAGUUGCAAGCUGUUUUGAUGCUUAUUGUGAUAAGAGUUGGGUGAAGAUUAAUGCUCCAAGCCUCAGAAAUAUGGUUUGGGAAUAUAAUGCCAUCACGGAAACUAGGUCUUUAGAGAAUUUGACUUCGGUGCAUGAAGUCUCCAUUGGUUUCUUUCUACUUCAUGAAGAUGUAAGCGUGGCAAAGCUUCAGAGUGUAUCUAAUCUUUUAUCAGGACUGUCGCAGGUCCAUUGCCUAACACUUGAAAGCCAAUGCGUUGAGAUCUUAUCAAGCAAGAACUAUAUAUCAAAUGUAAUGCAUCCAUUCAACAAUCUCAAAUCUCUGGAGUUGCACACUGGCUUCAACAAACAUAACGUCCCCGGAUUGGCUUAUCUAUUCAAGAGCUCUCCCACAUUACACACCCUAAUUCUCAGGAUCGUCAAUGAUUACAAGAUUGAAAGAAGAAAAUGGAAUAAGGACUUAUGGGACAUGCCUACCUCAGAGGAAGAACAAUUUUGGGAAUCUCAAACCCAGACAUUAAAAUCCUUCCUAAACCACCUUAGUGUAGUAAAGAUACAUGGAUUCUUAGAAUGUGAGAAUGAAGUUAGUCUAGCAAAGUUCUUAUUGAAGCAUGGGAAGGCCUUGCAAGAAAUGACUCUUUCCUCAGGACACUGCAACUACAGAGAUUCUCUACGAAGACAAAAGAUAAGGUCACAGAUGAUGGGAUUUUCCAGGGCCUCUUCUAAUGCUAAGAUUGCAUUUCUCUAA